UGCUUAGGAGGCGUCACGAGCCUGUAAUUGGGUGGUGUCACUGUUAGCGGACUUACAUUAAGAUUAGGUUAAAAUCAUUACGGCGCGGGCUUGUGCUCUUAAUGACGGAUUUAACUUAGCUCACUGCCCCUGGCACUGAACGGACAAACAACAAAACGGGCUUUGUGAAUAGGGAUUCUCGGUUCACCUCGAGUCCUCUGGUCCGCCUCCACCUCAGAGAUACGGUCUCAUGUCCGUCAUGUCGUUGUGACAAGUCACCAGGCGAAUUCGGGGAUUUAGAUUUGAACGGAUACUGGCGGCUUGGGAAACGGAUGAAAAACACUCCACAUCCCUGAGUCUGGCGCGUUAUAGACUUAUUAGAUUAUUUGAUGUACUGUGCUCGUGUGAUGGAUGGUUGGUGUGGAUGAUAGACUCCCCUGUGGCCCGAGCCUUUUCCCUCUCUAGUUGAGUACGUAUCAGGACUGGGAACUCCGCGUCUCUCGGUAAAAAGGCUCGAGAUUAACCAACGCACCCGCUUGCGAGGAAUCGAGCUGCGCGCUCUGCCCCCGUUGGAGAGAUGGUUGAGUCCGCGUGAAGGUUGGUGUGGGAGCUAAGCAGAGCCGUUCACUUCGAGCUGUGACCGCGCGCCAGCCACAACGGCAGACGCACCGCUACCGGCAGAGGAACGGGAGAUCGAAAAGAAAGACGAGCUUCAUGUGACCAUGAAAACGGGUGAUUUAGAGGGCUCGCGCAUCGCCUCGACGACGGAUUCCCUAUCCCCGCUAAAGACAGGAUGUAUUAAACACAGAACGGUGGACUUUUUCCAAGCCAAAAAGAUGCGGAUUAAAACUGGGAUUCUAUUUUGGAAUCUGGUAUUCUUGAUGACGGUCACGUGUCUUGAAGGGUUCGUGUAUACGUGUGGGGGGAUGCUAAAAGGCAGGAACGGCACCAUCGAGAGCCCAGGUUUCCCGUACGGCUAUCCCAACGGUGCCAACUGCACCUGGGUCAUCAUCGCCGAGGAGGGCAGCCGGAUACAGGUCCUCUUCCAGGCCUUCGCCAUCGAGGAAGAGUACGACUUCCUGUCGCUCUACGACGGACACCCCCACCCCGCCAACUUCAGGACCAGGUUGACAGGGUUCCAUGUCCCACCCCCAGUGACCAGUACAGGCUCAGUGUUUGCUCUGAGACUCACCAGCGACUUUGCUGUCAGCGCGCACGGCUUCAAACUCUACUACGAAGUGCUGCAGAGCAGUGCGUGUGGUAACCCCGGCGUACCCCCCAAGGGCCUGCUCUCUGGGUCGCGCUUCAACGUGGGGGAUGUGAUCCACUACUCGUGCGUGACGGGCUACGUCCUGGAUGGCCACGCCCAGCUCACCUGCAUCACCAACGCCGGCAACGCCCCUAUCUGGGACUUCCCCGUCCCCAUCUGCAGAGGCUGUGAGAGUCUGCAGGAACACACACUUGAUUGA